GAUGGAGAGGUAAAUGUGGCAACCAACAAGGUUGAAGAGAAGAAAGACAAACUCGUACUAGAAAGAAGAAUACAAUUGAUUUCGUCCAAUUUGUGGAAUGAUUUUUUUUCCUCUCACACUAGAAGAGAGGGCAAUGUCGUCCUUGCAGCCUUCCUUGCCAAUCAUGGUACCUUCGAUCCGGGAAUUCACUUCCUCCAUGAAUCACCACCAGGUUGUAAUCUCCUCUUGUUGGGAGACAGUUCGGAAGUUUCCUUUGCUAGGCUUGUCUUAGUUUAGUUCUUGGGCUUGCCCCACAUUGUCACUAAUAAAAAGAUGCUUAAACAAUACAUACAUUAAAUGGGAUGGAUUUAUUAAGUUCUGAUGACUGCAUGGAGUUUUUUUGCAGGUUUGGGCUUCAGCUUGUUGUCCUAAUAAAAGGAAGCCCAAUUUAUAGCUACGCCUCAUUGCCCAAAUGGCCUUAACUCUUGAGACCUACAUUAUCACCCCUUCAUGGCCCCCUUCAUGCUAUUGAAGUUUGGAACACCUAUGAGCAUGUUAGAAUUUCUGGUCAAAACAACAAAGAACAUGCCACGUAGAGUUGUGGAAGUGUUGUUGGGGCCUCAAGUAUUAGAUGCUGCAUUGCUGGACAUAAAGUGAAGCUGUUCUUUGGAUUUCAGCCACACAUCUUCACUGAUCACACAAGUCCACUUCGUUGUUCUAUCAUCACUUCAUCAUUCAUCACUCCAACCACCACUCACUAGAGCCGAGAGGAAGGAGCCACUGGCAAUGGAGAUUUCCGCCAUGGCUUCACCAUCUCCAAGACCUUCUCUUCCAACCACCACUCCUCACAGAGUCAGCACCUUCUGCAUGCUUCCUCAGCUGAGACGCUCCCACAUAUCACUACCAACCUCAACCACCAUUUCACUCCUCGCUCUCUUCGCCCCUCCCAAUGAAGCCAAAGCAAUUUCCAAGGACCAGAUUGUCUCUUCACUCACCCAAGUGGAGAAAACAUUCGAUCAGGUUCAGGAGGUGGGUUCAGGUUUCUUUGACACGGCUCAGCGUGUUGCUGAAACGGUAGGGAAUGCUUUGAAGCCAGGCUUCGACACAGCGUUGCCGAUUGUGCAGCAGGCCGGGGAAGAGGCCUUGAAAUUUGCUUCUCCUGCCUUCUCUGAAGCUUCAAAGAAGGCCCAAGAAGCACUUCAAAGCACUGGUGUUGAUACAGAACCUGUUUUCAGUGCUGCUAAGACAGUGGCAGAUGCUGCACAACAAACUACCAAGGUGAUUGAAGGUGCCAAGCCAAUAGCUUCAUCCACCAUGGAAACCAUAUCUUCUUCAGAUCCGAUUGUGAUUGCUGGAACAGCUGGAGCUCUAGUUAUUGCAUACCUCCUGCUUCCUCCUAUAUUCUCUGCCAUCUCCUACAAUUUUCGUGGCUACAAAGGAGACCUGACAGCAGCUCAAACACUUGAUCUGGUAUCUACACAAAACUUCAUUAUCAUUGACAUUAGGUCAGAGAAGGAUAAGGACAAGGCCGGUAUCCCUCGCCUUCCCUCUAGUGCUAAAAACAAGAUGGUUGCCAUUCCUUUGGAAGAACUGCCAAGCAAGCUCAGAGGACUGGUCAGGAAUGUGAAGAAAGUGGAAGCUGAAAUAGCAGCUUUGAAGAUUUCAUAUCUCAAGAAGAUCAACAGAGGCACCAAUAUUGUGAUCUUGGACUCGUACUCAGACUUGGCAAAAAUAGUUGCAAGGACACUUACCAAUCAAGGUUUUAAGAACACAUGGAUCGUUGCUGAUGGUUUUUCUGGAGGCAAAGGGUGGUUACAGAGUAGAUUAGGAACAGAUUCAUAUAACUUUUCGUUUGCAGAGGUUCUGUCACCAUCCAGAGUCAUCCCUGCAGCUGUCAGAAGUUUUGGGACAACAUCUAGCAGGAAACUUCUUCCUGGGGCUGAAUGACAUUUUCUUUCUGCACUGAACUUUCAUCACCAAUAUAUAUAAAUCAUCCAAAUUAUUAAUUUGAUUGUUUUUGUGAAAUUA